UCCGAUCAGAGAAGUUUAUACUGUACAUGGGAAUUAUACAGAAACGUUGUCUCCAUGUGGCGAGAAAACAGUAGUUCCCAGUAGGCUUGCCAGCAAACCACAUUGAACCUCGGUGAUACGUUUUCUUUUUAGACGUUUAUGUCAUUUAUAUUUAUGUUUCAUGAGGUGCUCAUCCUUUUAAUGCUCCCAAUAAUCUUAUUAAGCAAAGAUGCCCUUCUGACGUCUAUUAUAGAGUGUUAUUGAUAGUGGCUCAGAAAGGAAUAGGGCCACACAGCAUCUGGAGUUAAUUCUCGACGUCCUCUCCAGCUCUCGGCAUGUAACGGGACAACAGCUCAUCCGAAGCUGACAAGACAAUGAGCAACAUCACAGAGCCGUACAGCGUCGUUGUCAAUUCAACGCAAGCCGUAACGAGCAGCCCUCCGCAAUCCCUGGAAGACUUCAUCGAAAUCCUGUGCAACAAUUACAUCGCACCUGUUAUCUGUGGAAUCGGGAUCAUCGGCAAUAUUAUCAACUAUGUCGUCUUAUCUAACAGGAGACUGAAGAAAGGAUCGUAUCUUUACCUGAAGGCUUUGACCUUGUUUGACCUAAUGGCCCUGGUGUUUUCCAUCCCCUACAUGGUUGUGGGGGUCCGAAGUUCGGAUUACUUCUGGAUGUGGUACUCAGUGUACAUAUUCUUGCCCAUGGUGAACUUUUUCACCGCGUGCAGUGUUUGGAUUACUGUUGUCAUGGGGAUCGAUAGAUUUAUCUUCGUCAAAUGUCCGACCUGGUCCCGCCGGAGGAACUGGAAGUUGAAAACACAGAUCAAAAUUUUCGCAGUUAUAACUUUCUCCAUGAUCAUAUGUGUUCCAAAAUUUUUCUGCUACGAAAUUAUCGAAAACGGACCGACAGCUCGGAUCCGGGACUCUGAAUUCCGCCACAGUCUGUUCUUCCGGUACACUGAGAUAGUAUCUACCGGCGCCCUCCACUUCUUUCCGUUAGUCAUUUUGUCCGUUGUAAAUACAUACCUUGUGAAGAAACUUCAGUCGGCCCGCGAUAUUAAAAAGGAGAUGAAGUCGUUGAACUCUGAACACGAGACGGAGUGGCAGAAGUCUCAGCAGACCUUUACCGUCACCCUGGUCAGCAUAGUCAUCUUGUCCAUCAUCUUCAUCCUCCCGGCGUCCAUCGUCGACGUGGCGACGUUUGCCGAUCCUACUUUUACCCACCUUCGGACAAUGAGAAACUUGUCAAAUCUGCUGCUGUGGUGUAACUUGUCGUUUAACUGUUUCUUGUACUGUAUAUUCAAUAGACAGUACCUCAAGGUUCUGAGGUACGUAAUCGACAGAGGUUGUGACCGUGUGAGGCGCUCGCCAACACGGUCCACCGAUUUUCAGAUGGCGUAGAAUUUUUCAUGGAAAUGUUUUUUUGUGACUAUCUAGACUCUCUUUAUACAAUGUUGCCUGUUGCGUUUUUCUUACAGAAAUAGAGCGAUCGACAAUUUCUAAUUUGAGAUAAAUAAAAAUUUGGAAACCGAUUCUAAAUACAGAGACAUAUUCUUUAUAUCAUACAAAGGGAAUAUAUGAUUGUGUAAAAACUGUAAAUGGUACAAAUAGAAACAGAGGGAUUUAUCAAGGUCUUUGUAUUGUUAACGUUUGGCCAAUUACCUCCCCGCCCGUUUUAGGUUUUUUUUUUUCAAAAAUCGCCCAAAAUUAAUUGAAUUAUAGUAUUUAUUAGUUGUCUUGAUGUUAAAGAAAACUUCACUUCAUACAAGAAGUUGAGACACGUGGAACCAAUACUUUGCCAUUUCACGAAAUGAAUGAAUCAAUAAUAGAGUGCUUAAUAAAUAAAAAUCAUACACCAUGUAAAUACUGUUUCACCCUAAACACUGAUUUUUAAAAGAAAUAUUUACAAUACUGUUAAUUAAUGUUAGCUGUAGAAAUUUAGAUAUUUCAUAAGAACGUUUUCCAACUAUUGGACUGUUGUAACAUAAGUUUUAAGCAUUUAAAUGUUAAGACAAAAAUUAUACCCAUGAAAACUUUAUUUUAAGUACAGGUAUGAGAAAGUUCAAAUGCAAACCAAUCCAUUCCCAAAAAUUGUGUUUUCAUACAAACGCGAACUAUCGGUUAAGACAUAAUUUUCCCAAGAUCCUUGCAAAAUUUCUAACAAGUCCUUGUAAAAGUUUACUUUUAUAACGGACUCACUGACAGGUGAUAUAAGAGUUUCAUUGUAACGUCUUGUGAUGCUAUAUUUAUCUGAAACCACCGAACAAUCUCCUACAGAUGCAAAGUUAACAAAAAAAAAAACAAGAUAUUCUAUCGAUGUUUGCGUUUUGGAAUUUUGGCAAUCACUGUAUUAAAGCGAGCAAAAAAGAAAAAAACAAACAAACAAACCCUAAAACAGAAAAGACCACACGAUUUUAGGGAAAGUGCUACAGACGAUUAUAGGGAAAAUGCUAUAGAACGACUAACGAACGAGCAUCUUGCAACCCAUGUGCGAGAAUUGAUCAUGAACUGUAGACCAGCUUUUGUUUCGUUAUACCAAAAAUGCCAUUAAAAUGUGUUUAUCCUUUUCACAUAGGUGUCUACAAUUCAUUUCCUACUGUUCUGUCUUGCUUCAUAUAAAAUUUUGGUCUGGUUUAAUAGAUAGAACUUUAUUUUUCUAUUUUGUCGUCUUUUGAAUGAUCGAUGAGAAUCAAAUAUCGUCCCUAUUUUGUACAUUAUCAAAUGAUAGAAUUACGUGACUUAAUAUUUUGUCGUCUUUUGAAUGAUCGAUGAGAAUCAAGUAUCGUCCCUAUUUUGUACAUUAUCAAAUGAUAGAAUUACGUGACUUAAUAUUUUAGACGGACUAACCCAAAGCAAAUGUUUUACAAAAUAAUAAUAUCUAUCGAAACGAGGAAAAGAAUUUUAUGAAAAAAUACGAUAAAUAUUUUAUAAAGAAAGAAAAAGGAAAAUGCAAGACUUAAUCAUUUUGAUGACCGAUAUUUAGUGUAUUAGAUAUUAACAUCGUUCUCAAACUUGAUAAGGGACGAAAUAACGUUUUACCCUUAAAUGUAAAGUUUGAUUUGUAAUCAAAUUUUGUAUUUUAUAUUCCCAUUGAAAUAUAGUUUAAGUGAUCGAGAAUAAAGCCUAUUUUCAUACAGUACAUACUAAAUACAACAAUCCUUUAGGAGCGUACAUAAAAUUAAUUAUUAUAUUUGAUUAUAAUAGUUUAGGAAAUUAUUAGGCGAUUGGUGCACCUUUUACAAUUGAUCAUUAUGAUAUAGAGUUUUUUAUAUAUAUUAUUGAUUUAUUUUCUUUUUUUAUAUAUUCUUGCAGAUAUUUCAUUUUUACUUUUCAUGCAUAUACAUUCUAAGACUUGAUAUGCAUAUGUUUUGAAACACUACGUAUUGAAUAAAGUUUUUA